UUUUAAAUAAAGCUUUGGCAGAUCGCGUAGGUGGCCGUUCGGGAAAGCAGCGUCAGUUUAGCUAGAGAAACACCGACGUACCUUCUCUUUAAAAAAAAACAACAACAGAAAAACAACACCAGAGUUGAAUUUAUAUUUUUGUAUCCAUAUUAAAUAUUUAGCGUAAAGAACCCCAGGAAACAUGGCAGAGAGCGACUGGGAUACCGUGACUGUCCUGAGGAAGAAGGGGCCGACCGCUGCUCAGGCCAAAUCCAAGCAGGCAAUCGCCGCUGCUCAGAGACGUGGGGAGGACGUUGAGACAUCCAAAAAAUGGUCAGCGGGGCAGAACAAACAGCAUCUUGUGACAAAGAACACAUCCAAACUGGACCGUGAGACCGAAGAACUGCACCACGACAGGGUUCCCCUGGAGGUGGGAAAGUACAUUCAGCAAGGCAGACAGGAAAAGGGUCUGACCCAAAAAGACCUCGCCACUAAAAUUAAUGAGAAGCCUCAGGUCAUCGCAGACUACGAGUGUGGAAAAGCAAUUCCCAACAACCAGGUCUUGGGCAAGAUAGAGAGAGUGAUUGGGCUGAAACUGCGUGGGAAGGAUAUUGGCCUACCAUUGGAGGAUAAACCCAAGAAGAAAUGAAAACAAAGCCUCGAAAAUCAGCCCUCCCAUGUCCCACCUUUCCCUGUUUCUGAAACAAGAACCCUUUCCCAACCCUACUUCCCAGAACCCUUAAUCUCUCCUCCACCCCCCCCCUCCCUCCCCCGGGCUGAUCUCGCCUGUGUCCUGCCUGAGGACCUGGUGCUCCACUCAUCACAGGCUGCAUACCGAAACUGUUUCCUGACCACAAAAUCCAGUGAACGGUUGAGCGUCACAAACUCAACGUUCUGCAAAUCUUCUUUUCACCUCUGUCUGCUUUGGCAUGAUGAAUUUCACUUUUUGAAAGUAAUGUAAAGUCAUUUAAAAAGUAGAAUUAUUUUUCAUGACCAAACAAACCCGUUUGACUCAUGUUAAUUGUGAGCAUGAUUCUAAGGCCAAAGUGCUUGACAGCAUUUCUCUCACACACUCGACAGUGGGUGGAUGUCAUAAAACAGUGUUAAAUACUGUGCUUUGUUUUGAUUUAAGAAAAAUAAAGUUUGGCAGGUCUUGA